AUGAAGUCCUUCUUCGCUGUCGCUCUCGCCGCCGCCGGCUCUGCCGCCGCCGCCCCAGCUGCCUGCGCCGCUUCAGCCCCAAGCCCCGUCCCAGUCGCAGCCCCAUUGCACUUCGGCGGCCUGUCCCUCCGCUCCGCCAGCCCCAUCCACUUCGCCAACAUCAACGCCAACGGCCAGGACUUCUGGAUCGGCAAGAACGCCUCCACCUACUGCCCACCGGAAUCGUCGGCCUGCGCGACCGUCAACAACAGCACCACCAUCUUCUCCUACCUGAACGGAACGCUCAGCCUCGACACCCUCGUCCCCGGCGGCCAGCAGGUCUACGUCACUGCCGGCAACACGACUGCCGGUCAGCUCGCCGGUCUGCUCAAGUUCACCCAGGCUCACAGCACCAGCACCUUCGGCCCGGCUCUGUACGAUGGAUUCUCCGUCACCUACGAGGGCAGCAUUGCCAAGCUGCAGUUCGAAGGCAAGGACUGGUUCGCUUGCCCUGUUGACAAGUUCAACACUGGCUACGGCAUCGUGGCUAUCAGCCGUACCACGGGCUCCAACGCUGGUGCUGGAUGCCUCUCCUUCACCUUCGACGUUGUUCAGGUGAACUCCAGCUACCCAGCUGCCUGGCAGUACCAGUAA